AUGGGGUACCGCAAGAAUCCAGACUUGUACGAGUGUUCUCUCUGUUUCCACUUAAUUUUACUGACGUUCAUGUCAUGGAUGAAACGUGGUGACGCCAUGUUGAGCGUGGGCGUCCUCUGGAUGCUGGCGGCCGUGGCUCAGUCUAAGCAGCUGGUGGACAAUCAAGAGCAGGCCUCAUUCGUAGUUGAGGAUGACGUCAUGAAGAAACCAGAAGAAAAGCCCUCCAUCAUAAUUGAGGAUCAAAUCAUAUUCAGGAAGAAGCGAGAAAAAAAGGCCCCGAUCAUUGUUGAAGACAUGGUUAUGAAGAAGAGAAGAGGCGCUGAGGUAGUGUUGACAUCCUUCCCAGAUGAACGUUUAAUCCCGAUCAUUGUUGAAGACGUCGUUAUGAAGAAGAAAGAGACGCUGAUUGGAAAAUUUUGCUUCGGGUGCACAAAGGGACACUCCAUGGUGACCUUGGUGCUGGCGGUAGAUAAGCGGUCAUGUCGCACAUGUGGUCAGAAAAAAAAAACAGAAAGGAAACUGAGUAAUUCCACGCCUUUGUCAUUUAAGUUCCCGAUCAUUGUUGAAGACGUCAUUAUGAAGAAGAAAAGAGACGCUGGUAAACCGAUUGUUGUUGAAGAGGAUAUAAUGUACGAGACCAAAAAUGAAGCUGAGGCCCCGAUCGUUGUUGAAGACGUCUUGAUGAAGAAGAAAAGAGACGCUGAGGCUCAGAUUGUAGUUGUUGAAGACGUCACUAUAAAGAAGAGAAGAAACGCGGAGGCCCAGGUCGUCAUGGAAGACAUCAUUUUGAGGAAGAAAAGAGAAGCUGAGCCCUCCGUCAUAAUUGAGGAUCAACUCUUGUUUAAGAAGAAGCCAGAAGAAAAGAGCUCAAUCGUUAUUGAAGACGUCGUUAUGAAGAAGAAAAGGGAUGCUGAGGGAUUUGUCGUUGUGGAGGACAAUGUGGUGGGAAAACAGCAGUCGUCUCAACCCAAAAAGGCCUUGAUCAUCAAUGAUGAUAUCGUUAUGAGGAAGAAACGAAAUGCUGAGAAAUUUGUCGUCAUUGAGGACAUUGUCCUAGGAAAAGAACAGUCGUCUCAACCAGAAAACAAACCGAUUGUUGUUGAAGAUGAUAUAAUGUACAGGACCAAAAAUGAAGCCAAGCCUCCUGUCAUUAUAGAGGACCACGUCAUGAAGGGGAAGCCAGAAGCUAAGCACCAGAAUCCUAUUACUAUUGAGGAUGAUAUUUUUAAGAAGAAGAAAAGAGAAGCUGCGCCCCCUAUAGUUAUAGAGGACCACAUCAUGAAGAAGAAACAAGAUAAGUCAUCUAUCGUCAUUGAGGAUGCCAUUCUGAUCAAAAAGAAGAGAGACGCUGAGGGAUCAAUCGUGAUUGACGAUAUUGUGUUGCGAAAAAAGCAGUUGCCUCCGUCAGAAAAGAAAUUCAUUACUAUUGAGGAUGAUAUUUUAAAGAAGAAGAAGAAAAGAGUAGCUGCGCCCCCUGUCGUAAUACAGGACCACAUCAUGGAGAGGAAGCGAGAAGCCAAGGGAUCUAUCGUGAAUGACGAUAUUGUGAUGGGAAAAAAUCAGCUGCCUCCGUCCGAAAAGAAAUUCAUUACUGUUGAGGAUGAUAUUUUAAAGAAGAAGAAGAAAAGAGCAGCUGCGCCCCCUGUCGUAAUACAGGACCACAUCAUGGAGAGGAAGCGAGAAGCCAAGGGAUCUAUCGUGAAUGACGAUAUUGUGAUGAGAAAAAAUCAGUUACCUCCGUCAGAAAUGAAACCAAUCGUUAUUGAGGAUGAAAUGAUUCUAAAGAAGAAACGAGACGCUGAAAACUCAGUAGUUCAGGAUGACUUGAUGUUCCGGAAGAAAAGAAAAACUGAGGACACCGUCAUUGAGGACCAGAUAUUGUCAAAAUCUGAGGUAACACUGCCUAAACCUUUUGUUGUUGAGGAUGAACUGAUCUUGCGGAAGAAAAGAGAAGAUGAGAAACCUACCAUUACUGAGGAUGACCUUGUGAUCUUUAAGAGAAAGCGAGACGCUGAGAAACCCAUCGUUGUUGAGGAUCAAGUGAUGUUCAAGAAGAAACGGGAAGCUGAGGAUGUGGGAGUGAUCGAUACUGGUAGUGAGAGAAAGAAGAGGGCGACCAAGGAUGUGGAAGCUAUCGAUGGUACUGACCGAAGGAAGAGGGCGAACAAGGGAAUCGUGAUUGAAGAUGAAGUCAUGGCAAAACCGAUAAAACCUCAACCGAAUCAUAUCAUUGUCGAGGAUGUUGUGGCUUUCAGAAAGAAAAGAGAAAAUGAGGAAAAGGAGGAGGGUAUUAUUUCUGAUGACAUUAUCGGCUUCAGAAGAAAAAGAGCAGACAAAAAGGCAGAGAAUGAAAUCAUUAUCGAAGAACUUGGCGGAUUGAGAAAAAGAAGAGAAGAUAAGAACACCAGGGCUAUAUUUGGCGAAGACCUUGACGGCAUCAGGAAGAGACGAUCAGUCAAGGAUGAUAAAGAAGAUGUCAUUGUUGAUGACAUCAUCGAGUGGAGAAAGAAACGUGAAAACGAGGAUAACGAAGGUAGUAUAAUUAUAACGGACGUAGACGCAAUGAGGAAGAAACGAGGAGCAGAGAAUAACAAAGAGAGUAUAAUUAUAGCUGACAUGGACGCAAUGAAGAAGAAACGGGCGGCAGAGGUUGAACCCAUCGUUAUUGAGGAUGAUGUACUUCAUCAGGAACAAGGACCCGACAAGGGAUCUGCUGUGGACAAAAUUAAACGGGCGUACGCCGCCUGGAAUGAGGCCGUUCGAACUAAAGAUGUGGAAGCUUUCACCGCCCUGAACACAGACGACAUUGUCUACCUUCCCCCAGACGCGAAGCCUUUAUCUGGGAAAAAAGCUGUUCGGAGGCGCACUUCCAAAGCCUUUCGCACAAGUUCGAAUCCGAGUGUCUUAACAUUCGAGGGAAUAGCCCUGGAAUGUGGCGAUAGCUUUGUAGUCCAACAUACCGGCAGGCAAACGGCAGCCGACGGAAGAGUCCUCACGACAAGUGGUGUGCGUAUCAUGACCAUAGAAAACGGAGUAGCGAAGGUAAAGCUGUCGAUCUAUAACAGAGAUUCCCCAAAGGAAGAGCCCACAAAACAACCCAGUCAACCAGUCUACCCGUACAACAACUACUACUACCGGGGCUACAGUAAUUAUUACAACUCCCCGGGCCAUCGCCGUUACUGA